UUUUGUUGAUAAUUUUGGAAGAGAGGUAGCAACCGCGUUUUUUCUUAUCUACUAAAUUCGAGCGGCUAGCAAAACAUUGAAGUAGUAACUUAAAUCAUUUUGUUGGGAUUGUCGUCGCUUUAGCUGUCGCCACAAUUAGUGCGAAACUGCCUGUCAAUUAUCACUCAGCUCGGAGCUCUCAGUUUAAAUUGUGCUGACGUGGUUUAAAUAGUUGAAAAGUAAUAAUUAGAAAUAAAUUGUUAAAUAGUUAUAAAUUAUAAAUACAAUGAGCGACUUAAUAUUAUGCUGUUUUCUGCUGCUAGCCGUUGCUCAAGUGCACAGCUACAGUUUUACAUCAAAGGAAGUUAAAUGCCAUGUGUGCAAGGCAACGGUGCAGGAGCUUGAGGAUGCCAUAGCGAAAGAGGAUGCCAAUAAGAUGGUAGACGUUAGCGGCUUUCGACUGGAUGCCCAAGGCAAUUCCAUAAGCAAACGCGUGCGCUACAUUAAAUCAGAAAUGUUUCUAACGGAGCUAAUGGAGAAGAUUUGUGAAAAGAUGGAUGACUAUCUAAAGGCUACCUAUAAGAGCAAUGGCAAGUUUGCGCUACUCAAAAUGAUAGUCAACGGCCAAAUGAAUCCAGAAUCGUCGCUCGUUGAUUUUGUACAAGAUGGUGAUCUCAACAAAAGUCUCGGCCACUUUUGUCUAGAGGUGCUCGAUGACAAUGAAGAGGUAUUCCUUAAAGCCUUCCAAGCAGAAGACUUGGGCAACGAUUUGGAUAUAAAGAUCUGCUCGACUCAGGCCAAAUACUGUGACGAGGCGCCCGUGCAGGAGGAAUAUGAUUUUGGCAGUAAAGAAGAAUUGUGAACAAUAACCGAUUCAGUGAAUAAUUAAUUUCUAUGAUUUCUAUGCCACCUGUAACAGGUGAACUAUUUUGACUUAACGACAAUAACUAAAUUUAGAAUGAUGUCUAAAU